AUGGAGAGAGGAAAAGGCUUUCUUCACCUCCCACCCGGUUUUAGAUUUCACCCCUCUGACGAAGAACUCAUCGUUGACUACUUACUCAACAAAGUGAAUCAACGUUCAGUUCCAGAUUCAGUGAUAGGUGAAAUCGAGCUUUACAAGUUUAACCCUUGGGAACUACCCUGUAAGAUUCUUGUGUUUCUAUCAUGUUAUGGUUGUUUUUAUAAGGACUGAUACAUUUGUUGUUUGAUUGGCGUGAAAGCAUUCUUCGGGGAGGAUGAAUGGUACUUCUUCACCCCAAGAGAUAGGAAAUACCCAAAUGGGUCAAGGCCUAAAAGAUCUGCAGGCUCGGGUUUCUGGAAGGCUACAGGGAAAGAUAAACCCAUUUUUGCUUCUUCAGGCUUGAGAAAGAUAGGAGUAAAAAAGGCGUUGGCGUUCUUUACUGGCAAUCCAACAAAGAGCAUCAAGACUAGCUGGACAAUGAGCGAGUAUCGUUUGCCAGAGUCAUCCAGCCGGUCGUCCAGGCAAACUGGAUCAAUGAGACUGGAUGACUGGGUAUUAUGCCGUAUUCGUCAAAAAGGCAACAAUUCAAAGAAAAAAACAGAGGUAGAAGCAAACCCAAAGAAUAAGUUGAUGGAUGGUCCAUUUUCGAUCAUAACACGGGAGCUCCCUUCAUCGUACAUGAUCACAAACGCCAACUUGGACAUAAUCUCAGAUCGUAGGUUCAACGAAAUUCAAUUGAUGGCCUCAAUUCUUGCAGGUCAAGAGCUUCCUCCAAUGAUUGGAACAUGUUCUCCCAAACUCUUUCAAGGUGACGACAGUGGCCCAUCCUCUGAAAACACAGAUUUUUACAAGGAAACCGGACCAUUUAUGUUAACCGAUGAAAUUGUUAGUAAUAAGGAAGUCUUUCCCAGGGAUGCAUUGACAUACAAUGAUCCAUAUAAUGUUUUUGACACGGAUCAUUUAGAUGUUGUAAUUGAAGUACUCAGGGAUGGAUCAUUUAAGCAAGUUUGA